CCUCGGAGCCCCUCUAUGAGCUGGAGAGGAGCGGGGGAGGAGGGGCCCUCGGAGCAUCUCUUCCCUGGGGUUUAUGCAUGGCACUGACAUGGAGGAAACACCGUUUCGGAAAGUCAAAACAAAGAGGAGGAAGUGUCCACCCUGCGGCUGCGCCCCCCCGGGGGGCUCCCCGUUGCUUCUGGAGGCCAUCGCGUGCGAGGACGAGUUCGACUGCAAGGAGCUCGAGUCCCUUUUCCGGAAUUACAACCUGAAACUGGAACAGACCUCCACGCUCAAGGCGCUAGCCGUGCUCAUAGUCCUGACGGGUACCCUGGCCCUGGGGGAGCUCAUGUCCGGCCCCAACCUGACCAUCUCCAAGGGCUCGCACCCCGUGCAUUGCAUCAUCUUCCUCUCCCUCUUCAUCGUUACCAAUGUCAAAUACCUGCAGGUCACCCAGCUCCAGCAAAUCGUCAAACUCAUACUGCUCUUCAGUUUCACCUUCGCCUUCCUCUGCUGCCCUUUUUCCCUGGGGGCCUACGGCAUCGAGCCUCCCACCUCCCCAGAGCAGGGAAUGUGGCAACUCAUGCUGGUCACCUUCGUUUCCUAUUCCCUGCUACCGGUGCGGAGUCUGCUGGCUAUCAUCUUUGGGAUAGUGGUGUCCGUCUCCCACCUCAUCGUCACUGCCACUUCAGUGACUGCCAAAAGACACAGACUCUGGAGGACGCUUGGGGCAAAUGCUCUACUUUUUGUCAGUGUAAAUUUGUAUGGGGUCUUUGUGAGGAUUUUGACAGAAAGGGCUCAGAGGAAGGCUUUCCUACAGGCCAGGAACUGCAUAGAGGACAGGCUGAGGCUGGAAGAUGAAAAUGAAAAACAGGAACGGCUCCUGAUGAGUCUUUUGCCCAGAAAUGUUGCCAUGGAAAUGAAGGAAGAUUUUCUGAAGCCACCUGAGAGAAUUUUUCACAAGAUUUACAUUCAAAGGCAUGACAAUGUCAGCAUUUUGUUUGCAGAUAUUGUGGGCUUCACUAGUUUGGCAUCCCAGUGCACUGCUCAAGAGCUGGUGAAGCUUCUGAACGAACUCUUUGGGAAGUUUGAUGAAUUGGCCACUGAAAAUCACUGCAGACGAAUUAAAAUCCUGGGGGACUGCUACUAUUGUGUGUCAGGACUGACUCAGCCCAAAACUGACCAUGCCCAUUGCUGCGUUGAAAUGGGGCUGGACAUGAUUGACACCAUCACGUCUGUUGCAGAAGCCACUGAAGUUGACCUCAACAUGAGAGUGGGCCUUCAUACAGGCCGUGUCCUGUGUGGGGUUCUGGGACUUCGAAAGUGGCAAUAUGAUGUCUGGUCAAAUGAUGUGACUCUAGCAAAUGUAAUGGAGACUGGAGGAUUACCUGGGAAGGUUCAUAUCACAAAGACGACCUUAGAGUGCCUAAAUGGGGACUACGAGGUAGAACCAGGUUUUGGACACGAGAGGAACAGUUUCUUGAAAAAACAUAAUAUCGAAACCUUUUUUAUUGUACCAUCCCAUCGGAGAAAGAUAUUUCCUGGACUUAUUCUCUCAGAUAUAAAACCAGCCAAAAGGAUGAAGUUCAAAACGGUCUGUUACUUAUUGGUCCAGCUAAUGCACUGUCGGAAGAUGUUUAAAGCAGAAAUUCCAUUCUCCAAUGUCAUGACCUGUGAGGAUGAUGACAAGAGGAGAGCAUUAAGGACAGCCUCUGAAAAACUCAGGAAUCGAUCCUCUUUUUCUACAAAUAUUGUAUACACCACUCCAGGAACUCGAGUUAACAGAUACAUCAGCCGUUUAAUAGAAGCCCGGCAAACAGAGUCUGAGAUGGCAGACUUGAAUUUCUUUACCCUACAGUACAAACAUAAAGAACGGGAAGAAAAAUAUCACCAGCUUCAAGAUGAGUAUUUCACCAGUGCUGUGGUCCUUUCACUGGUUCUAGCUGCCUUAUUUGGCCUUGUCUACCUUCUAAUAAUCCCACAGAGUAUCAUCGUCCUGGUUCUCCUGGUCUUCUGCAUAUGCUUCCUAGUGGCUUGUGUUAUGUAUCUACACGUCACACGAGUUCAGUGUUUUCCAGGGUGCCUGACAAUUCAAAUUCGUACUGUUUUAUGUGUUUUCAUCGUAAUUUUACUUUACUCUGUGGCUCAAGGAUGUGUGGUGGGCUGCAUGCCUUGGUCAUGGAACACUAAUUCCAGCAAAUCCUUAGUGAUUAUUUCUUCUGGAGGAAUGAAUAAGACAAGGAAUGUCCUGCCCUGUGACACAGCCCAUCACGCAUUCCUUUCCUGCAUUGUGGGGACUUUGACACUGGCAAUAUUUCUCCGUGUCUCUUCAUUGCCAAAAAUGAUCCUUCUCUUUUUGGUUACAGUCUUGUAUAUACUUGUUUUGGAGUUCAGUGGGUACAGAAAAGCAGUGGGGGGUGGCACCUUUUACCUCCGUGGAUAUGAACCCAUAUUGGCUAUUUUGCUGUUUUCCUGUGCUCUGGCCCUUCAUGCCAGGCAGGUGGACUUGAAAUUACGUCUGGACUACCUCUGGGCUGUGCAGGCAGAAGAGGAGCGAGAUGAUAUGGAGAGAGUUAAACUGGACAACAAGAGGAUUCUCUUCAACCUUUUGCCAGCCCAUGUUGCACAACACUUUCUCAUGUCCAAUCCCAGGAACAUGGACCUUUAUUACCAGUCCUAUUCACAAGUGGGCGUGAUGUUUGCUUCCAUCCCAAAUUUCAAUGACUUCUACAUCGAACUGGAUGGCAAUAACAUGGGAGUGGAGUGUUUGCGCCUCUUAAAUGAAAUUAUUGCUGAUUUUGAUGAGCUCAUGGACAAAGAAUUUUAUAAGGACCUAGAAAAGAUCAAGACAAUUGGAAGUACGUAUAUGGCUGCAGUGGGAUUGGUGCCGACCACAGGGACCAGGGCCAAGAAGUCAAUUUAUUCACAUCUGAGCACACUAGCCGAUUUUGCAAUAGAGAUGUUCGAUGUCCUUGAUGAAAUCAACUACCAAUCUUACAACGACUUUGUCCUCCGUGUUGGCAUUAAUGUAGGUCCAGUAGUGGCAGGUGUUAUUGGUGCGAGAAGACCUCAAUAUGAUAUCUGGGGAAACACUGUAAAUGUUGCCAGCCGAAUGGAUAGUACUGGAGUGCAGGGGAAAAUUCAGGUCACGGAGGAAGUCCACCGGUUAUUAAAGCGGUGUAGCUAUGAAUUUACAUGUCGAGGGAAAGUCAGUGUCAAGGGAAAAGGUGAAAUGUUGACCUAUUUUCUGGAAGGAAAAGCAAAUGGAAGUAAUUCCCAAACCAAGUCCUUAAACUUAGAACGGAAAAUGUAUCCAUAUGGGAAAUCAAACAUUCAGACAAAACUGGGUACUAGCUGCCCUUCUGUCUCAUCUGUGGCUAGCUUUACAGUCAAAGCUGGGAUUGGAGCCCUGCAGACAGCAGGCACCCAUACCAAUCCAACGCUCCAUUACCUUCCUUCUGUGCCAGCUGUGAAAGAAGCCUAGAUGAGUGCCAUUUGCAAGUGAAUUCAGAAAGCAUGAAUACUUGCCAAUGGGGUUUAAGGUCAUAGGUUGUGGCAUCAGCCACGGAUCCAAUCUAACACAACCAAAGAAAGCCGGGAAGCUCCAUAGAAGAAAACUUGGAAUGGAAGCGAUAAGGGCUAACAAUUGUGUUAGGACAAGAAUAAUGCAGAUUUUCUGAAAAUAAGGAAAUUUUUUUGGAAUUUUAAAAAGGUAAAUGAUAUACUUAAGAGAUGUGUGUAAAUGAUAAUGUAUGUGUGUAUAUAUCCUAACUCUAUGUAAACACAUAUACACUCACUCUCCUAUAUAUAGGCAUAAAAAUUUAUAUAGAUACAUGUAUUUAUUUAAAUCUUAUUUGCAAUGGCAUAUGGGAGCUGUGUCACAUCUUCAUAUUCAUUUUUGUUCGGACUGAGUUGGAUCUAAAAUUUUGAUGAGGGAUACAAUACAGGAUCUUAGAAACAUAUUCUGGAGUUAUAGCAAGAACAAUGAAAGUUUUGCUCAGAGUUUGAAUUAAUAAACAAGCCUAAAAAAGUCAGCAGUUUUAUCCAAGAUUGAACUAAGCCAAUUCUAAAACAGCUGCAUCUGCUCACUCUAACUUGCCUCUUCCACCCCUGGAAAAUGUCCAAUCAGCAUCACAUUUAGUACAAUAAUUCAAAAUUACGUUUAAAAAAAAGUCUGGACUCAGGACCUUGAUGGAACACUGACAAAUACUUGAACCAUCUCUAAGCAUCUUUGCCCAGAUGUUGUCCCAUGAUCAAUCACAGGGUGCAGAUCAAAUCAGAGGUUCCAUGCUUCAGGUGCAUCAAUAGGCCAAUAAUAUUUAGGAACCCCUUUUCCUUCUGCAUGAAUGUUUGUAGCUAUUGGAUUUCUUCCAAAGGAAGCUCUUUGCUAAGGAUUAGAGAUUGAGGGGCUUCAUACCAAUUCAUCACCUUCUAUAAAUGUCAGUAGUAGAACUUGUAUGCCUUGCCAAUGAUUUUUCUUUUACUUUGAUGACUUUUUUGCUUCUUGUAAAACCCUCCAAACUCAUUUUUUAAAUGUCCACUGUUACCGUUCAAAGUAAAUAAGGAGACAAAUCUCAUUUCUCAUCUUUUUCAUGUAUGAUUUUAAGUUCCUAUGAGUUGAACAAUAUGUUACUUUGUUUUGUUUUGGAGAAAAACAAACACACAGCAUUUAGGAAGUUUAUGUUAUCAGACAUCUUGUUUGUCUAGAGUUCCUAAUCUUUCUCAACAGACAGUUUUAGAUUAAGGAAAUUGUUUUAAGACCAGAAAUCAGUGCUCUAUCCCAAAGUUACAGAAAUCUAUUAAAGUAGAAAGUGAUGACA